GACAACUAUGAGAGAAACACUCAAAUAUUUGCAAAUCAAAAGUAUUUACAUGACCACAUGAACGACAUUUUGAACGUGUUUUGUUAUUCGUGCUUUGACGACGUCGUUGAUUCAAACGAGGCUUGAACGUGACAAGCGAGCGUCAUGUGACCGUCACGUGACCCAGUUGUCGGGGCCCUGUUGCCAGUUCCUACAGAGCUCCGGUUCGGCUCACGCAGACCAAGCAGGGACCAGCGACAACAGCCGAGUGGGAUGCCCAAGGUUUGCCAGCGUUAUGACGUUACCGGGAGGGGCGGAGCUCUUGCGGGCUUACAGCUGAUGGAGAGGAGUCCCUGCUCCUCCUCCUCUCACAUGCGCCGGCAGGAUCGGAUGAUGAGGAUGCAGCACGUCGGCGGCGACACACAAGUAGCGCUGGGAUCAAGGGCGAGCCGCAGGACAUGCUGAGCGGACUCAUUAGCGGUUUACAUGCAUUUCUUCCAUGACAAGUGCCUUCCCAACGCGGAUUUUCCGACUUUUCUGAUAUUAUUUGGACCCUCGCAGAGGUUUUCACAGAUGUCCGGGGACUCUAUGCAACAACGCUGUCUCAUAUUCAUCGAACCUCUAACCUCAGCACAGGACUCUUGAAAGGAGGACCCUCCUCCCCGCACGAGCCCCCACGGGUAGCUUGGCUUGGUACGACCGCAGAGAUGUUCGCCUCAGUGGAGCACGGCUCGGUCCUCUGCAGCGACUCCAACAUCCUGUGCCUGUCCUGGAAAGGCCGCGUGCCCAAGAGCGAGAAAGAGAAGCCGGUGUGCCGGAAACGCUACUAUGAGGAGGGCUGGCUGGCCACUGGGAACGGCCGAGGCGUCGUCGGCGUCACUUUUACAUCCAGUCACUGCAGGCGGGACCGGCCGACCCCUCAGAGGGUCAACUUUAACCUCAGAGGGCACAACAGUGAGGUGGUCCUGGUGCGAUGGAACGAGCCCUUCCAGAAACUGGCCACCUGCGACACCGACGGCGGCAUCUUUGUUUGGAUCCAAUACGAGGGCCGCUGGUCGGUAGAGCUGGUCAACGACCGCGGAGCUCAGGUGAGCGAUUUCACGUGGUCGCACGACGGCACUCAGGCGCUCAUCUCCUAUCGCGACGGCUUUGUCCUGGUGGGGUCCGUCAGCGGGCAAAGACACUGGUCAUCCGAGAUCAACCUGGAGAGUCAGAUCACGUGCGGGAUUUGGACGCCCGACGACCAGCAGGUUUUGUUUGGCACCGCCGACGGCCAGGUGAUCGUGAUGGACUGCCACGGGCGCAUGCUAGCCCACAUCCUGCUGCACGAGUCGGACGGCAUCGUCAGCAUGUCGUGGAACUACCCCAAUUUCCUGGUGGAGGACAGCAGCGAGAGCGACACAGAUUCCGACGACUACCCGCCGCAGCAAGUGCGCAGCCACAAACCUCUGCUCACAGUUAGCUUUACUUCUGGAGACAUUAGCCUGAUGAACAACUACGAUGACCUCUCGCCCACCCUCAUCCGCACCGGCCUGAAAGAUGUGGUCGUCCAGUGGUGCUCGCAGGGGAACCUUCUGUCGGUGGCCGGCAUGGAGAAGACGCUCCUCUCUCACGACCCCUCUUGUACUUCUCCUACGAGGAACGCCAUGGUCAAGUUCUAUAAUGUCCGGGGUGAACACAUCUACACACUGGAAACACCAGCGCAGCGGCCCAUCACCACGCUCUGCUGGGGUCACCGAGACAGCCGCCUCUUCCUGGCGUGCGGGCCGGCGCUCUACGUGGUGCGGGUGGAGCACCGCGUUGCCAACCUGCAGCUGCUCUGCCAGCAGGUCAUCGCCACGGCCGUGAAGGAGGAGAAAGACGUGGCUAAGCUCACCAUGCCGUCACGUCUCUGCUCCUACGUCACUUCCGCCUUCAUCCCCACCAUCAGGCAGCCCAUUCCGGACCCCAACAAAAUGCUUGACUUUGUGAGCUACCCAACAGCUGGCAAUGAGCGUCUGCAUUGUACAAUGAAACGCACGGAGGACAACCCAGAAGUGGGCGGGCCCUGCUACACUUUGUACUUGGAGUACUUAGGCGGUCUGGUGCCCAUCCUAAAAGGUCGACGCAUCAGUAAAUUGCGUCCAGAGUUUGUUAUUAUGGACCCCAAGACGGAUGGAAAAACAGAUGAAAUAUAUGGCAACAGCCUGAUAUCAGCGAUGAUUGACAGCUGCAACUGCUCCGACUCCAGCGACAUCGAGCUCAGCGACGACUGGGUCGGCAAGAAGUCUCCAAAGAUAUCCCGGGGCAGUAAGUCCCCCAAGCUUCCCAGAGACUUAGUUUGUCCCUUUACCAACAGAAUCAACAUCGAUCCCAGGAAAUCGCCUAAACUCUCUCGCGCCGCCCAGGAGGUUUCCAGGUCCCCACGUCUACCCAUACGCAAACCCUCCAUUGGCUCGCCCAGUCUAACGCGGAGAGAAUUCCCUUUAGAUGACAUCACUCAGCAAAACUACCUUGCUCAGGUCACGUCAAAUAUUUGGGGAACAAAAUUCAAGAUUGUGGGCCUCGCUGCAUUUCUACCAACAAACCUUGGUGCAGUCAUCUACAAAACCAGCCUCCUCCACCUGCAGCCCAGACAGAUGACAAUUUACCUGCCGGAGGUGCGCAAGAUCUCCAUGGAGUACAUCAACCUGCCCGUCUUCAGCCCCAAUGUCUUCAGUGAGGACGAGGACGACUUGCCCGUGUCGGGCCCCGCCGGGGGCGCAGACGACAACCCGCCCUGUACGGUCAACAUUCCCAUUGCCCCUAUCCACAGUCCCGCCCAGGCCAUGUCCCCCGCCCAGAGUAUCGGCCUGGUCCAGUCCCUGCUCGCCAAUCAAAAUGUUCAGCUGGAUGUUCUAAGCAACCCGACGGCCACUUCUCCUGGAGCUGCUGCUUCUGCUUCUGCUACUUCCGACCAAAGCCAAGAUGCCGCGCUUACAGCCCACUACACGGUCCCAACCCGAUACUCCAGUCCUGGCCAGGUCAUCUUUGGAGGGCUGGACAUGAGUCGCCUCACUGUUGGAGCCUCGCAGUCUCAUCAUCAUCAGCAGCAGUUACAUCAGCUCCAACAACAGCAGCACCAACAACAGCUCCAGCAGCAACAGCAGCAACAGAUGCUGCAGCAACAGCAGCAACAUCAACAACUACUUCAGCAACAACAGCAGCAGCUUCAGCAGCAGCUCCAACAGAUGCAACAGCAGCAGCAGCAACAAAAACUACAGCAGCAACAAAUGCUUCAGAUGCAGCAGCAGGAACAGCAGCAGCAGCAGCAGCAGCUUCACAUUCAAAUCCCCGUUCCCUCCAUGUCGUCAGCACAGACCUCAGUGCUUCCGACGGGGGCGCUGCAGAUCCAGAUCCCUCACCCGCCACCUGAUCUCGUUGAAAGAGGAGCUACGGGUGAACAUGAGACCCUGCUGAAAAUAAAGACCACGCGUUCGGGUCCGCAGCUGGCCGAAGCCGACACGGUGGUGUUCAGCGCGCCGCUGGAGCUAAGUAAAAUGAAUCCCCCUCCUCCUUAUCCUGGAACUGCGCCCUCUUCCAUGUCGGCCUCCGGCGUGCCCUCAAACGCCUUAUCGGGAACAAUUGGGAACUCCUCUGGAACGCCACCGCCUGGUGAUCUGAGUGCAAAGAAAGCAGAUAUCCAACUUUAUCCCCCAAGUCAGCACCAAGGCCAGUACCCCACACCGCUAGGCUACGAGCGAAUCACCACCUUUGACAGCAGCGGUAACGUGGAAGAAGUCUGUCGUCCUCGAACCCGUCUCGUCUGCAAUCAAAACGUCUACAGCUUGCAAGGGCCGGGAAGCUCCGCCACCCUCAGGGUCACCUCCUCUUCAUCCUCCUCGGCAGAAAGCAAGAAGAUCCAGCUGCCCUACAGCUCCGCCACACUCAACAGACUUACCGCACCUCGCUAUUCCAUACCGAGCGGAGACCCUCCCCCGUAUCCGGACCCGGCCAAUCAGAGUGGCGGCAGGAAUCCUGGACAAAAGCUGGACAGCAAUCUCAUCCACGCCACUCUCAGGAGGAACAGCCGAGAGGCCACCCUCAAAGUGUCCCAAAUGAUGGAGCCGCCCAGACCGCUGCCGCCAAAAGCUAAACAUAACAGUGCACUGGCGGCCUCCUACCAGCAGAGGGUGCAAACUGCCUUAUACACCUGCAGUCAGUGUAGCAGCGGGUCCAGCGUUGGAGUCACGGCUCCGGGCAGCGCCAAUGGGAUAGCGGGGGGCACCAUCAUCAGGCAAGAUUUUCCUCCCGGGAACGGUGCGCCGCACAGCACAGUCAUCGUACACUCCAACAGCGGCACUCCUCUGGGCUCGCAGUCCUCUUACAGCCUGCUCAGCUCACUGGAAGGACCCGGACCCACAGCGCUGGGAGCGAGCAGUGGCCGAGAGCGCGUCGAUUAUGUUAAUUCAGCGUUUACCGAGGACGAAACGCAGUCUCUCAGGCAUUUGGCUUUGGGAGGAAAUGAUGCGUCAGGCUUGCUGUUUAAACGCCCGCCUCCCUAUCAGUGGGACCCCGCCGCCACGGAGGAGGUGUGGGUCCCUCAGGAACGGGGUGCCACGCUCAACCGCCCCGGGCAUCCGCUACCACACAAGCCCCCGCCGCUUAUUCUCAGCCCAGCUCAGCAUUUGGACGUGUCCAGGCUGCCUUACAUGUUGUCUCCCAGGUCGCCCACCACCCCCGGCGCCGGGUCCUUUCAAGCCGGCUACCAGAUUUCUCUCCAGUAUCCCCAAGUUGCUGCCUACCCCGCAGUGCUCACGUCACCCAGACCCUGUUCCUCCCCAAAAGAGGUGGACGCCCCCGUGUCUCUCUCACAGCAGGAUGCCACCAUUGUCCUACCUGCCGGUUACCCCGCCAAUCUAACCAACCUGGCCUGUUGCCCUCUACCACCUAUGUACCCCGGUUCCGGGCUCGCCAUUCCCCCCAUCGCCCUCCACACACCUUGGGGUACGUACAACUCGUGCCCCCCUUCUACCAGUCCUGCUGUGCCCCUACCGCCCAAAGCUUCCCAUAUGAUGGUAGACAAAAAUGCUCUCUCACCACCACCGCUGCCUCCGCCUCCUCCACCACCACCCCCGCCACCAUCACACGCGGAACUGCAGAACCACGCGGGGCUACAAGACGGCAUGGCAGAAACCGGGGACAGUUUCCAGGAAGUGCUGUCCUUAGCCGAGAGCCCCGUGCCACCUCGCUCGGACAAGUUCAGCAAGAAGAACCGCAAGAGGGCGGAGGAGGCCAACGUACCGCAACUGGCUGAGGGGAGCAAGUCCAAAAAGGAGGGCAGGGGACUGGGGGACUUCAACGCCCUCAUCUCCAGCCCACGGCUGGGAGGGAGGGACAAGAAGAAGGUGAAAGGACCAAAGGAGCAGCUAAAGGCCAAGAAGCUGAGCAAGGCCACCGCCAACAGCGAGUUCCAGGACAGCUCGGAUAGCGAGCCAGAGCUUUUCAUCAGCGGGGACGAGCUCCUCAACCAGUGCCAGAGCGGGAAAAAAAGCUGGAAGACCAAGAGGAACCUCAGGGCGGCCAGCGAACUGGAGGAGAUGAGGUGUCGCAAGGCCAAUGAGAAGGAGGACCGAGGGCUGGGCAGCCAGGGCUUCGUGUACGUCAUGGCCAACAAACAGCCUCUGUGGAAUGAAGCCACGCAGGUCUACCAGUUGGACUUUGGCGGUCGCGUCACGCAGGAGUCCGCCAAGAACUUUCAGAUUGAACUCGAGGGCAGGCAGGUGAUGCAAUUCGGCCGCAUCGACGGCAACGCCUACAUCCUGGACUUUCAGUAUCCCUUCUCCGCCGUGCAGGCCUUCGCGGUGGCUUUGGCCAACGUUACGCAACGCCUCAAAUGAGACGGCGCCCCAAUCUCGAGCUCCACAGAGAAGACGUCAGGGGAGAGGUCCGAUCCCGCUGCACUACACGAUGCUGCCACUUUCGGCAACCGUCAUGCAAAUAAACGCUGCUUCAAUUAGUCGACUAGAGGCUUUUAGACAACCAAGAGAGGAAACUGUCAAUUUUUUCAUUUUUUUUUUUUUCAUUUUAUUUAAAAACAAAUGGAGCAGUAGUAAUACUUGAAAACCACACUCUGGUGAUUGUUGUUAUUUUUUUCCCCCCAGAGCACACCUAGGUACUACUGGCCACUCAAAUCCAUUGCUGUACAACACUCACCACUAGAUGACACUGCUUUUGCUUUUAGGAGGUGGUUGUGAUGCAAAAUGGCGGACUUUUGUUUUCGCUCUGUCAUUCCUUUUAUUUUAUUUUUUUGCUACUGUCACUUCACACGUUUUAUACCUGUGGCUGCUGGCGUUUGAAUAGGAGACUUUUUUUUUUUGCAAUACACAUACCAUUGAAGGAUGAAGAAACAUGGAUUAAGUUAUGCGUACUGUACAUUGUAAAUCGUCGCCAUUGCUUGUUGUUUUAUUUUAUUUUCCUAAUAACCCAUCCUGUCAACACGCGGCUUUCAUUCGGGAGACUAAGUUGUGAUGUCGCUGUGAUGUCGGCCACGGCACCUGUUGUCACUUCUGUGAAGUGCGUAUUCAGCGAGGGGCCUGAUCCGCCCCUUCACCCUCUCGCCCACCCUCAAAUCUUAAAUACCACACUUAAACGAGGUGCAGGGACUAUUUUUCUACGUUAUUCUCACAAUCUCCUCAGACAUAUCAGUCUUACCCAAAUGAUUUUUGUGUAAAGAGACUUGGGUGACUUCUGCCACUGUGUUUCAAUGCUGUAAUACUGUUCAACGCAAAAACUGAAAUCAUGUUUUUAUUCACUUUUUUUGUCUUCAAAGUCAUAACACCAACGAAGGAUGGAGCCCGUGGGUCAUAUCUCCAAAUAUGGUUUGUUGUGUUUUCCCAGUAAUGCAACUUUUUGUCAUUGUAUUGCAACUUUGGUCAAGUACAAUUCCAUCUUAAUUCAUGCAAGAAUAUUUUUCCUCAUAAUACAACUUUGUCAACAUUUUUGUGCCAAAAUACACUUUUGCGAAGACAUGAAAAGAGCCUAAAAUGAAUAAUGCUUAGUUGUGCAAUAUUUUCUCUGGACAAAAAAAAUAUUUGGUUGAUGGCCCAUAUUAAUACUUUUCUUUUACAUUCAGCAUCUCAAGUUGCUCGUUUGUACUUUUUUUUUUUUUUAAUUUAUGAGAUCAUACUGUACAUUGUGGAGUUUACGCAACUUUUUUGUUAUUUUGUUUUGCAUAUGCUCUAGUGUUGCCACAAUUGUGAGGUUUUGGGGCAAAUUUGUGACUUUUGAAAGGGGGGGGGGGCAUGUAGAGUAGACUGUUUGUCAAUUUGUGUGUGCCUGUGUGUUUAUUCACGCUUCGACCCGUUGCAUCUGUUGAGUCCAUUCUCCCGGCCUCUGACAUGUUCACAUCAAUGUCACACCAGUCACGAAGUGCAAGCUUCUGGAUUCACAAAGGCCAAUGUGGACUUCUAAGCGUUUUUUUUGACAAAAUGUAGAUACUGCAGGAUUUGGCUUUUCUUUUGAAAAGGUAUGUGCUUGGUAUUUGUAGGUGUUAGACUAUUUGGUGACUGAACGUUUUUAGUGAAUGGAUUAGUAAGGCAUGUCAUGUAAAUUAUUUUAUAAUUGUAUAUGUUAAGCAUCUUUUGAAUAAAACAUCUUUGUUGCCAAAAAGGG